AAGCCGGUCAUCAAAGAGUCAGUAAGUAGUAAUUCUAUCAAUUACCAAUUCGUGGAAUUCUCAUGUUCCAAUCAAUAAGUGUGUCUACUUAAAAGUAAGUUCAACUUGCUUGUGUUAAGCUUUGCUCGAACUUGAUUACUUCCUCGCUCUCCUUCACUCGGUCAAGGGAUUCACCUUUACCUCGUUCUGGUCUUCCAGCUUGAAAGACAAGGUCCUUAUUCAAAACUGGCUCCUUCGAGUUAGUCUUUAUUGUUUCAUAGAAAGGCUUCCUUCUACGACUGGAGUGAAAUCCUCUAUGCUGACAUAAGCGGAGAGGCAAGCAACAACCAUUAUAUUGAACCUGCCCUGAAGGCUUUGUUUGCCUAAGUGCAUAAGUCAAAGAAGGGUUUUCUUGCCGAAAGCAGUGUUCAGACCUCAAUCUGUAGUGGCGCACUUCCCUCUUAUGAUUGCUUUUCAAGGACAUCCGGAUAAGGGGACUGAGAGAGUAGAUAUGGGACUUUUCCUCAUAAAAGCCUAUAUAGGUGGGUGGUAUGAUAGUAAGUCUUUUCCUACUGAUGUGUUCAGUCGAUGGCUUGAUUCUCCUCCGGGCGUGAAUUGGAAGGGCCAAGGGUUUACAAUGAAACAAAUUGCGUAUAAUUUGCACGGCGAUACGAACAGUAUAGAAUUUCUGCACUCCUUAUAUGCAGACUUAGUUAGUCAAGGGAAGGGGUGCAUAGCCAAUACUUCCUUCUCAGAAGUGGCUACGAACCACGGUGUCGGGGGUUCGAAUCCACUUCUGAGCGGGCUGGCGGCUCCACCGGGAGCGAGCCUACUGAAGGAAAGUUUUAUUGUUGAACUUCUAUUUUUAUCCAAUAUUUAUCUUUUGUUUGGAAAAACCAAACCCACAUAUUGAUCUUUAAGUCUCCCUUUCUCUUUUGGGAGCAGAUCUUUCAAAGAUGGGAAAUUCCAAUGAUUCUUUCCGUUUUGUCGAGCCCUGCUUUGGUCUCUGGUUUGAUGGUUGUACGUGCUAAAAAUCCGGUACAUUCCGUUUUGUUUCCCAUCCUAGUCUUUUGCGACACUUCUGGUUUACUUAUUUUGUUAGGUCUCGACUUCUCCGCUAUGAUCUUCCCAGUAGUUCAUAUAGGAGCUAUUGCCGUUUCAUUCCUAUUCGUGGUUAUGAUGUUCAAUAUUCAAAUAGCGGAGAUUCACGAAGAAGUAUUGCGCUAUUUACCAGUGAGUGGUAUUAUUGGACUGAUCUUUUGGUGGGAAAUGUUCUUCAUUUUAGAUAAUGAAACCAUUCCAUUACUACCAACCCACAGAAAUACGACCUCUCUGAAAUAUACGGUUUAUGCCGGAAAGGUACGAAGUUGGACUAAUUUGGAAACAUUGGGCAAUUUACUUUAUACCUACUAUUCCGUUUGGUUUUUGGUUUCUAGUCUGAUUUUAUUAGUAGCUAUGAUUGGGGCUAUAGUACUUACUAUGCAUAGGACUACAAAGGUGAAAAGACAGGAUGUAUUCCGACGAAAUGCCUUGGAUUCUAGGAGGACUACUAUUCAUAUUCAGAACAGAAGGUUCUUCUCCCACAAAGGGGAUGACGCACCUGUCCCCCCCGCUGAUCCGGAAUCCAUUUAAUCUGAUUUGGCAGAGAGAAUAGAAAGGAUUUAUAGGCGGGCCGGGGAGGAGCAAUCUUUAGUAGAAGCCGGGACUACGCCAAGGGAACUUGUAGAUAACGUCCUGCCAGAGGGGGCGGAGCUACCGCUUCUACAAGAAACCUGGGUUCAGUUUGUACGGGACGAGUCACACAGCGAGUUUUGGGUAGAGAUCGAUUCGAUAAUCUGCUAAGGAAAUAUGGGCACGCGGCGCGCGGUGAGCCCGACACCCCCGAUCCCGAUGCUCGAGCCUGAUGCCCCUCAAUCAGGAGGAGGCGACUCAGCGGGGAGCACGGGGGAAGAAAAUUGUCCGGGGGCGGGGAAGGAAAGUAGGAACCUCCGAAGGCCCGCCCGAGUCAAGGAAGCGCAAAAGUUAUUCUGAUUCUGAUUCCGGGGGGGAUGAUGGGAGUGACCCUGCUCCGGAUCCUUCUCCUUUCUUUUGAUUUUGACUAAAAUGAGAGGUGGAGAAAUUGAGUUCUUUUGAGCAGCGUUGUCUGUAGUAGAGUAGCUUUUUUUUUCUUUUACAGAAAGAAGGCGAGGCCCACCUGCCUUCUCUAGGUACUUUACUUGGAAAGGUGUCACCGCCUUCCUUCUUCUCUAGGUACUUUACUUGGAAAGGUAGGUGCGGGAAAGAAGAGCGGGUAUGUGGGCUUCUUUCAAU